AUGCGGGGGGCAGAUGGACUGUCGGAGCCCGAGGGCAUCUCUCUGAAACGCGUGGCUGUGGUGGAAGAUUUCUUUGACAUCAUCUACUCGAUGCAUGUGGAGAGCUCGUCGGAGCCGGGCAAAGCACCCAAACAUGCCGGGCAGAAGAAAACCUACCGAGCGAUUGCAGAGACCUAUGCUUUUCUCCCGAGGGAAGCUGUGACCAGGUUCCUGAUGAGCUGCACUGAGUGCCAGAAGAGGAUGCACUUCAAUUCCAACGGCCUGGAGCCCAAAGAGAGUGAACCUCCUUCCUCUUUGGUCUCUGGGAUCAUUGACUACAACAUGCCCCUCACCUCUACCUACCUGAAGCAAAUGAAGCUGCGGGUGAUGAAUUCCCAGGACCAGAGUGAACCUCCUUCCUCUUUGGUCUCUGGGAUCAUUGACUACAACAUGCCCCUCACCUCUACCUACCUGAAGCAAAUGAAGCUGCGGGUGAUGAAUUCCCAGGACCAGGAUGAGACAUCGGUGAGCAGCGAGGACUUUGAUAUGAACGACUCCACAUGGAUCUCAGCUGACCAGCACCUGAACUCCAGCCUGAGCCCCAGCCAGGACGAGAGCAUGCGCAGCCCGCAGAACCUGCCCGGCCAGGAGGACGGUGUCCCACCUGUAGGAUGGAUUUCGUAUCAGUUCUGGGGGCACAUCAGGGAAGGUUCCAGAAUCAGGGAGCCCAGGAGGAAGAGCUCUCCCUACGGGCUGGGCAGGGCUGGGCAGGCCAGGGCUGCUGCUGUAACCCCUGUCUCCUCUCAGUCCCCUCCGUACAGCUCCGGCAGCUACGACUCCAUCAAGACAGAGGUGAGCGGCUGGCCCGAGGACCUGACUGUUGGCAGGGCCCCCACGGCCGAUGAAGAUGAUGAUGACCACGAUGACCACGAAGACAAUGAUAAGAUAAAUGACUCAGAGGGGAUGGACCCAGAGAGGCUAAAGGCCUUCAAUAUGUUCGUGCGCCUUUUUGUGGAUGAGAACCUGGACCGGAUGGUUCCCAUCUCCAAGCAGCCCAAGGAGAAGAUCCAGGCCAUCAUUGAGUCCUGCAGCCGGCAGUUCCCCGAGUUCCAGGAGCGGGCACGCAAGCGCAUCCGCACCUACCUCAAGUCCUGCCGCCGCAUGAAGAAGAACGGGAUGGAGAUGACCAGGCCCACACCACCACACCUGACCUCGGCCAUGGCAGAGAACAUCCUGGCUGCUGCCUGCGAGAGCGAGACGCGGAAAGCGGCCAAGAGGAUGCGGCUGGAGAUCUACCAGACCUCCCAGGACGAGCCGAUCGCUCUAGACAAGCAGCACCCCAGAGACUCCACAGCCAUCACCCACUCCUCCUACUCACUGCCAGCUUCAUCUUACUCCCAAGACCCAGUCUACAUCAACGGAAGCCUGAACUACAGCUACCGUGGCUACGGGUCCCUGGGGGGCAGCCUGCAGCCCCCAGCCUCCCUCCAGACGGGCAACCACAGUAACGGUCCGACCGAUCUCAGCAUGAAAGGUGGGGCCUCCAGCACGGCCCCCUCCAACAGCACCAGCAGGGGAAUGCAGGCUGCCCAGCUCAGCCCCACGGAGAUCAGCGCCGUGCGGCAGCUCAUCGCCGGCUACCGAGAGUCGGCGGCGUUUCUGCUCCGCUCUGCAGACGAACUGGAAAACCUCAUUUUACAGCAGAACUGACUCCCCGUGUCUGCGUCGCUCCUCUGUCAAGAAGACAAUUUAUACCUGCUAGGAAGAGGCUCCCAGCGGUGUCCUGCUCAGGACCACCACCGUCCUCCCGUGAAGCAGCGGGUACAUGUAGUUUUAGAAGGUGGAACCCAAAAGACCUGUUUUCUUUUACACUCCAAGCACCUGGGACUUCAGGCACAAGGACACGUUUU